AUGGCCCCGAAUUUCGAGUAUCCCAAAAAGCCCCAGAAUACAGUGAAGCGGUACAACAGCAGAGCCACUUAUGACCUGGGAGCCGUCCAUUCCGUCAUCAACACGACUUCUGUCCUCCAUGUCUCCUUCGCUCCGAGCCCUGACGAACCAUUUCCGGCCAUCCUGCCCAUGAUCGGUGUCAUGGGUUCUUUCGAAUACCCUUCCUCCGGCAUCGACGAGCCUCUCGACUGCUAUCUCCACGGAUACGUCAGUUCGAGGCUGAUGCGCCUGGCCCGGGAGGCGCCAAACGGGCUCCCCGUCUGCAUCGCCGCCACCAAAGUAGACGGCUUCGUCUUGUCACUAACCCCAAACUCACACAGUUACAAUUACCGCUCCGCCGUUCUUCAGGGAUACGCCAGACCCGUGGAGACGGAUGAAGAAAAAGUGUACGCCAUGCAGCUGAUCACCGACAAAGUCGUCGCCGGGCGGUGGGAGAACACCCGAGUCCCGCCCGACAAUGUUGAAAUGACCUCGACCACAAUUCUGAGAGUCAAGAUUGAGACUGGAAGUGGCAAGGUCCGUCAAGGAGGACCUCACGACGAGCCCAAGGACGAAAACAGGGCCGAAAUCACUGACAAGGUCUGGACGGGAGUGGUACCGGUGUACGAGACUUUGCACGCUCCCAUCCCGAGUGCAACCAAUAAGGUCAAGCAGAUCCCGGCCUACCUUGACCAGUAUGUGUCGGAGGUGAACAAGAGCAAUCGUGAGACUGCUCUCAACGCGGUGAAUGAGCCCUAG